AUGGAAUUGGAUGAAAUAAUGAAGCAGACUAUAAUGCUAAAAGAAAAGGUGAGGUUGAUGCUAGUCCCUACAAACCCCUUGAGGGAUGCUAAUUUGAUCGAUUCAAUCCAACGUUUGGGGUUAUACCAUCAUUUUGAGCUUGAGAUUGGUGAAUUAUUGCAACAUAUUCACAAUAAUUAUGUCCAAAAUGGAACAGUAACUCUUAAUCUUAACCAAGAUCUUCAAUCUAUUGCACUUGUCUUCAGGUUACUAAGGCAACAAGGAUACCAUAUUUUGCCCGAUGUUUUUGAGAAGUUCAAGAAUGAGAAAGGAAAUUUCAGUGAAACACUUAUUGGUGAUGUUGACGGAAUGUUAAGUUUGUAUGAAGCCACACAUGUGAGAAUUCAUGGAGAAGAUAUAUUAGAUGAAGCACUUUCCUUCACUUCCUCACAUCUUGAAACGAUGACCACUCAAUUGAGUCUUUCUCUUGCUACAAAAAUUAAUCAUAGCUUGAAGAGGCCACUCUUCAAGAACUUGCCUAGACUAGUGGCAAGGAAUUAUAUUUCUACUUAUGAAGAAGACCCCUCACAUGAUGAAACUUUGCUAUUACUUGCCAAACUAGAUUUCAAUCUGCUACAGAAACAACAUCAGAAAGAACUUGGUGAUAUUUCAAAGUGGUGGAAACAUUUGGAUUUUGCAACCAAACUUCCAUUUGCACGCAAUAGAAUAGUUGAAGCAUACUUUUGGACAUUGGGAGUAUAUUUUGAGUCAAAAUACUCUCUUGGUAGAAAGAUAAUGACCAAGGUGAUAUCAUUGACCUCAGUAAUCGAUGAUAUAUAUGAUAAUUAUGGUACGAUAGAAGAACUACAACUUUUCACUCAAGCAAUUCAAAGGUGGGAUAUCACUUGCAUGGAUUUUCUACCAGAAUACAUGAAAUUUUGCUACAAAGCCGUUUUGGAUGUUUUUGAAGAAAUAGAGCAUGACACGGUCAAAGAAGGCAUUGGAUUUUGUGUAGUUUAUGUCAAAAAUGAAAUGAUAAGAUUGGUCCAGGCCUACUUCACAGAGGCCAAAUGGUUCAGUAGCAAUUUUAUACCAACAAUGGAAGAAUACAUGGCUCUUGGAAUAGCUAAUUCUAGUUACUAUCUACUCACAGCAACAUCCUUUAUUGGAAUGUGUUGUGAAUUCAAUGCCAAUAACAAAGUAUAG